AUGGCCACUCCAUCUCCCUCUUGGGAUACAUCUUACGACUUCAAUGCGGACUUCGUCGACCUUCGUACAGCAUCCGACGGGCGGGCGGGAGACUAUGACGCUGGCUGGAACAUCGAGGGCGACAUGUAUCCUCAAGGACUCGCAACUAGAUCUCACGUGUAUACGGCGCAUACCCCGAGCGUAGCAGAAAUCAACCGUCGUUGCGUGACGCCAGCGAGCUAUCAGAAUUUCGCGGCGCUAGCGAGCGACCCGCAGCCCGCGAUGCCGUCACCACACAAGCACUCUGCCUCGCCAGCGAGCGCUGCCGGCGACGUCGACUACUCUGAUAUUUGCUGGGUCAAUCCUUUCGCUUCCUGGCACACGGCGAAAGCUAUCUCUGAGGACGCUCAUGCUGAAGAACCAUUGCGCGUGGCCCAUCAUCCGACGCGUGAUAUCCUGUCGACGGGCCCCGAUCUGUCGACCUCUCAUCCGCUCGGCGGCGUCGCUCAUCACACGCCACUCAUUCCUCUGGAUCCGCGCACGCCUUACGCGCACCCUCUGCCCGACAGCGCCCCGGCUCUUGGAUCCCCUAUGGCUCUCAAUGGCCCUUUCGUCGUCGGGAAGACUUGCGAAGAAGAAAUUAACGCUCUCUUCCGGUCCCUUCCGCGCGCUUCGAAUGGGGAGUUGCUCAAUAGUAUCGUAGUGUAA